CUUUGCGUAAUUAUUAAUAUUAAUUAAUCAUUCUGUUAUCUUACUUUAUCUAGCUAGAAAUACCACUUCAAAGUAAAGUUUAUGUCUUUUGCAUCAUACUAACAAGAAGCCACCAUUUCUUGUACUUCCCUUGAAUAAAAGAAAGACCAAAUAUUAGAGAAUUAUAGAGAGAGAGAGAGAAAGAGUUGCUUGAACAUGGGUUUCUUGCCACUAAGAAAACUCAGCUUUCUUUUCCUCAUCAUUUCUGCUCUACUUAUAUCAACUUCAUAUGCAGGUCGUCAAUCCAAGUUCUUGACUGAAAGCUCAGCUGAGGAAUUUGUUGGAGCCUAUGAGGAAAUGCUAUUAAAGGGAGAUGAUAAUGAAGAGAUCACCGUUAUCCAUGAAAGGAUGUUAAGGCAUAUGAACACGCAUGAUUAUGGAAGAUACGAUCCAUCGCCAUCAUUUCGAAGGCCUCGUCACAAACUCAUUCCUAAUUAAUUAAUUAAUUAAUUAAUUAAUUAAUAAGGGUUUUAAUUAAUUAAUUAAGCAGGUCAUCUAAGAUAUUCAGCAUGCAUGCUAAUUAUCUAAGUGGCUUAGAAGGAUGUUUAAUUUUGCUUUAAUUAAAUAAAACUAUAAGCUAAGUUAGCCAGCUAGCUAAGGGACACUAUAUAUGAUCUCUACCUACAAAUCUAAAACUAUAUGUUUGUGUAUAUACUAUAUAAGCUUUUUAUUUCCCUAUAGUAUUAUAUCAUAUACUCCUAUAUGUUUUUGUGACAUAUAUAUAGUGAAUUUUUUGUGUUA